GUCAGUACGUUGUAUUUGUCAGGGAAUCCAGGAUGUGGCAAGAGUCAACUUGCCAGGGAAAUCGGAGAGCAGUUCUUUUCAGAACGAACCGAUAAAGAUGUGAUCUUUGUUGCGACCCUAAAUGCAGAAAGCAUCCAGGCACUUGCGGACUCUUACAUCCUCCUUGGGAGAAAACUAGGACUAACUGAAUACACCAUGGCAAGCUUGGCAUCUUCAAAAGAAAAGAAACCUAUUGAAGCUAUUGAACAGCUCCGUCGCUUGAUUUUGCCGAUGAUUAGCAAGUUUACUUCAUGGAUGAUUAUAGCAGACAAUGUGGUUGACUUACGCUUAGUCCGCAAUUUAUUGCCUCAUACUGGCAGUAAGGAAUGGGGUCCUGGUCAAGUACUGAUUACCACUCAGGAUAGCCCCACAAUUCCUCAAAACGCUCCUCAUACGUAUCAUGAAUCAUUAAGUAAAGGAAUGAGGCGGGACGAGGCAGUGAAACUGCUGGAAACAGUAUCGCAAAUCUCAGAGAAAGUACAAGCGGAAAAAGUCGCCGAACUUCUUGAUUUUCAGCCUUUGGCCUUAGCUGCUGCUGCUUAUUACGUGCAAACUGUUGUGAACGGUGGAUCCUCAAAUUAUGAUUGGCAAGCAUACCUCCAUGACAUAUCAAGUUAUGGCCAACGAAAAGAUAUUGAAGCUGUCCUUGCGAAUGAAAGUCCCGCCUAUGAUAAAACAACAAUGGCCGCCGUGGAAAUGGCUAUUCAAAGGGCUGUUUACACUGAGGAAGUUCUGCGUCAGACAUUCUGUUUCCUUGCACUUUGCGCUCCCGAUGAUCUCCCACUCCAGACUGUUUCCAGGUUCGUCAAAGCCCAAGUAAGGCAACAGCCAGAGGAGUUAAUAAAAGCGAAGAUUGUAAGGUCCUCUUUAAUUCUUGUUCAUUCUGAGGAAGGGGAUGAACGACCAUACUUGCGCUUGCAUAAAGUUGUGCAAGAAACUUUGAAAAGAGGCGAAAUGUUUAACCUAAAAUCUAUGGAGAAUGACCGCAACAUGGCCGAGGCAGUAAAGAUUUUCAAGUCCCAAAUUGAAGAACAGGGCGAAAAUAAUGCGUUUUUAAUCAAACUCAGGCCCCACUGUGAAUCUUUACUAAGGCACAUGACCUCAGAUUUCAGUUUGGAUCAAAGCAUUUUUUGUAAAAGGUUCGCACUUUUCGUAGACUUGGAUAUAAUUAUUGAUUGGCUAGGUACUUUUGCCAGUGUCUGUCAAGAACAAUCCCAUUUCUUCUUUGCGAAAAAUGUGGUCGACUUAGCCUGCAACCUACUGGAGAACAAAGAGGAUACUCUUUCAACUCCUUUGCUUGUAGCAAGGAUUUUCAACGUAAGUGGUACAGUGUACCGCAACAUCGGAGAAUACAGUCUUGCCAAAGACCUUCAUGAAAAAGCAGUGAUGCUUUGCAAAGAGAUUUGCAGUGAAGAUCAUUCCGCUGUAGCAUCAAGUUAUAACAACUUGGCAUUAGUGUAUAACAGCCUGGGAGAAUACAGUCAAGCCAAGGAGCUUUAUGAAAAAGCACUGGUCAUUUGGAAUGAAAUUUCAAGUGAAGAUAACCCCACUGUAGCAAAAGUUUACAGCAACUUAGCAUUGGUGCACCACUCCCUUGGAGAAUACAAUCUAGCCAAAGUAUUUCACGAAAAAGCACUGAUGAUACAAAAAAGAACUCUCGGUGAAGAUCAUAACGAUGUGGCAACAAGUUAUAACAAGCUGGCCUUACUGUGCGAUAGUCUUGGAGAAUACAAUCUAGCCAAAGAACUUAACUAUAAAGCUUUGAUCAUUUGGAAGAAUAUUUUCGGCGAAGAUCAUGCCAAGGUAGCGACAAGUUUUAACAACUUGGCGUUAAUUUCUAAAAGCCUGGGAGAAUACAAUCAAGCCAAAGAAGGUUUUGAAAAAGCAAUGGUGAUUUGGAAAAAUAUUUUCGGUGAAGAUCAUCCCAAUGUAGCGACAAGUUAUAACAACUUGGCAUUAGUGUACCAAGAACUGGGAAACUACAAUCAUGCCAAAAAGCUUUUUGAAAAAGCUUUGAUGAUUCGCAAAAAACAUUUCCCUAGAGAUCAUACCGAUGUAGCAACAAGUUAUAACAACCUAGCAUCAGUGUACAAUAACCUGGGAGAAUACAAUGUAGCCAAAGAACUUUUCAAAAAAGCUUUGAUAAUAUGGAGAAAUCUUUUCGGUGAGGAUCAUGUCAAAGUAGCAACGGGUUAUAACAACUUGGCGUUAGUUUACCAUACCAUGGGAGAAAACGAUCAAGCCAAAGAACUUCACGAGAAAGCACUGGUAAUUUUGAUCAAGAUUUUCAGUGAAGAUCAUUCCACUGUAGCGAAAUCUUAUAGCAAUUUAGCGUUAGUGCACUAUUCCCUGGGGGAAUACAAUCUAGCCAAAAAACUUCACGAAAAAGCACUGAUGAUUCGCCAAAAAAUUUUGAGCGAAGAUCAUGACGAUGUAGUAUCAAGUUAUAACAACCUGGCAACAGUGUGCUAUAGCCUUGGAGAAUAUAUUGAGGCCAAAGACCUUUGCGAAAAAGCUUUGGUAAUCUGGAGAAAUCUUUUCGGUGAAGAUCAUGUCAAAGUAGCAACGAGUUAUAACAACUUGGCACUUGUGUACGAAGACCUAGGAGACUACAAUCAAGCCAAAAAGCUCAUUGAAAAAGCUUUGUUAAUUCGAAAGAAGAUUUUAGGUGAUUAUCAUAGUAAUGUAGCAACAAGUUAUAACGACCUGGCGACAGUGUGCUAUAGCCUUGGAGAAUAUACUGAAGCCAAACAAUUUUACGAAAAAGCUUUGAUGAUUUGGAAAAAGCUUUUCGGUGAAGAUCAUGUCAAAGUAGCAACGAGUUAUAACAAGUUGGCGUUAGUUUACCACACCCUGGGAGAAAACAAUCAAGCCAAAAAACUUUUCGAAAAAGCACUGAUUAUUCGAAAAAUUACUUUCGGUGAAGAUCAU